UGCAAUUUUUAAAUUUCAGAUUUCUCAAGGGAAGAGCAACUCUGCUGUUAGAAACGAGAAGAGAGGGUGGCGCGUGCUGGCGUGGUUAUCGGCAGAGCGGAGCUGUAUUUAUCUUUCCGAUUCAAAUUUUGGCAGAUUCUGGCUUUAAAAUAAAUCAUGGGAAUAUUUGAGAACGUGGAAUCUCGCCAUUGUUCCGGGAUCACGGCAAAUUUUAUGUUGCUGUAUGAGCCUUUAUCAGUGAAGAUACUGACGGGCAGACCUCAGAGAUAUUACAUGUUCGGUUCCAGACCAUCGCAAUAAACAGGAGUCUAAUAUGGAUUCAGAACUCAAGGAUGUUUAUAACAGGACACUUGCCGCAGAGAACAAUACUGCUGGCACUCGGAAUUCGGAUUUCCCAGUCUGGGACGACUAUAAAAGCAGUGUCGAUGACUUGCAGUACUUCCUGAUCGGACUCUAUACAUUUGUAAGUCUUCUUGGUUUUCUGGGGAAUCUACUUAUUUUAAUGGCCCUCAUCAGAAAGCGAAAUCAGAAGACGACGGUCAACUUCCUCAUAGGGAAUCUGGCCUUCUCCGACAUCCUGGUUGUGCUCUUCUGCUCACCCUUCACGCUGACCUCUGUCUUGCUGGAUCAGUGGAUGUUUGGCAAAGUCAUGUGUCACAUUAUGCCUUUCCUGCAGUGUGUGACGGUUCUGGUCUCCACGUUAAUAUUAAUAUCGAUUGCCAUUGUCAGGUAUCAUAUGAUAAAGCAUCCUGUGUCUAAUCAUCUGACAGCCAACCAUGGCUAUUUCCUGAUAGCCACCGUCUGGACGCUAGGUUUUGCGAUUUGUUCCCCCCUCCCAGUGUUUCACAGCCUCGUGGAACUUCAGGAGACGUUUGGCACCGCCUUGCUGAGCAGCCGGUACCUAUGCGUGGAGUCCUGGCCGUCGGAUUCCUACCGAAUUGCUUUCACUAUCUCUUUAUUGCUGGUUCAGUAUAUCCUGCCCCUAGUUUGUCUGACUGUGAGCCAUACCAGUGUCUGCCGGAGCAUCAGCUGUGGACUGGCCCACAAAGAAAACAAGCUAGAAGAAAAUGCGAUGAUCAACUUAACUCUUCACCCCUCCAAAAAGAGCGGGGCUCAGGUGAAGCUGUCCAGCAGCCGCAAGUGGAGCUAUUCGUUCAUCAGAAAACACAGGAGGAGAUACAGCAAGAGGAAAGCGUGCGUGCGCCCGGCUCCGGCAAGACCUCCCCAGGAGAACCGGCCCCGGGCGUUUCCAGAACUCCCUGGCUCCGCGAAAAGUCAGCUGCCUUCAUCCAGUAAGUUCAUGCCCGGGGUCCCCACCUGCUUCGAGGUGAAACCCGAAGAAAACUCGGAUGUUCCUGAGAUGAGAGUCACCCGUUCUAUCAUGAGGAUAAAAAAGCGAUCUCGGAGUGUCUUCUACAGACUGACCGUCCUGAUUUUAGUGUUUGCCGUUAGCUGGAUGCCGCUGCACCUUUUCCACGUGGUGACUGACUUCAACGACAACUUGAUUUCAAACAGGCACUUCAAGCUGGUGUACUGUAUCUGUCACUUGUUAGGCAUGACGUCCUGCUGUCUCAAUCCAAUUCUAUACGGAUUUCUUAAUAAUGGGGUCAAAGCUGAUUUGAUGUCCCUUAUACACUGUCUUCAUAUGUCGUGAUUCUCUGUGUUUACUGAGGGAAGAACAAACGUUGGGAUCAUCUCAAAUAUGUUCACAAUGACUAUAUAUGGGUAGUAAACAAACUUUGUUAAACACAUGGAAUUUUAUUUAUGUAUAAAAUCUCUGGAUUUGAAUGUCAGUUCAUAAUAUAGGGAAGAUAAUUUUAAUACGUUAUAAUCCGAUGCAUUCAUUUAGCUGCAUAAAGUCAUUGUCAAUCCAAUCUGUAAUUCCAUUAAAAAAAGUAGU